UCUCGUGAAGUGCCGUGACCUACUUACGGGCCCUAUUGAUCAUUCGAAUACGUUUGGUUUGGAACAUGGGAAACGCUCAAGUUACGGAAGGACGAAAGGUAACGAAUGUGUGACAGUGCAGGAGGUCGUCGCUCGGGGAAGGAGUUAUCCCCCUUUGUUUAUGUUCAACAGAUGUCGCUGUGUGUCUGUUCACUUGGCCUCCCAAGCCUCUUCUUUAUUAAUUAGGCGAAAGCAGACAGUGCACUUACAGUUUUGGAAAUGUAAAAAAAGAAUCACAACUUGGCUGCAGGUUUCACUGAAAGACACAAUGGAAUCUAUGAGUUAUGAAAAUGAUGCUCAUCAUGGUUCUGUCCUUGAAGAGAUGAAAAGUAUGUUUGAUGACAGACAGCUUAUUGAUGUAGUAAUAUGUGUUCAAGAUGCACGCAUCCCAGCUCACAGAAAUGUUCUUGCUGCAACAAGCCCUUAUUUCAAAGCCAUGUUCACUACCAACUUGACUGAAAGCCGACAAAGACAGAUACUUCUUCAUGAAGUUGACCCAAAGUCUGUGUCACAAAUCAUCAACUAUGCAUAUACUGGAAAUCUUGAAAUUACACGUGGAAAUGCACAAAAUCUUCUUGCCACUGCAUCUCUGUUUCAAAUUUUGCCUGUACAAAAAGCAUGUGCCAAAUUUAUGGAACUUCAAUUAGAUGUGAAUAACUGUGUUGGAAUAUACUACUUUGCCCACAUUCAUAGCUGUGAGGAGCUUAGAGUAAAGGCCAGAGAGUUUAUUGAGAAGAAUUUCUGUGAUGUAUAUAAAACUGAAGAAUUCCUUUCACUGUCUCAUGAAAAAGUCUCAGAAAUCAUAUCAUCCGAUGAACUGAAUGUAGAGAAGGAAGAAAUUGUUUAUGAAGCUCUAAUAUUGUGGAUCUAUCAUGAAAUAGAAAGUAGAAAAGAGUACCUUGGAGACAUGCUGCCCUUAGUCAGGUUAGGGCUUCUUACAGUGAAAUAUAUCCAAGAAAACAUUGCCGCAAAUAUAUUGGUAAAACAGUCAAAAAAAUGUGCAGAACUGUUGGAUGACCUCAAAGACUUUGAACAAUGUCCCGAAACAUAUGAUGGUGAAUACAACUUUGGGUUGUGCCUGAGAUCAGGAAUGAUUCAACCAGAACACUGCAUUCUCUUUAUUGGUGGUAUUGAUCAAAGUAAACCAUCAAUUAACUGCUACAAUCCAUUAACUCGUGAAGCAUUCCUGAUGGAAACAUUCCCAGAGACGGAUGAUCGCAGUGGUUAUUACUGUGUUGAAGAUCCAGCUGUUUGUGUGACAGAAGACAAUAUCAACUAUGCUGCUGGUGGCAAUUACAUUUAUCAUGAAAACUAUGGAGAAACACCUUCAGAUGACUCCUUUGAUGAUUUUGAUGAUGAAGAAUCAGUAAGAAAAGACUUCUAUCAGUAUGAUAAUGACCAUAACAAAUGGAUUGCCAAAGCACCAAUGCUGUUUCCGAAAUCAAACUUUUCUCUUGUAUAUCUUGAUGGAAAGAUUUAUAGUUUUGGUGGGCUUACAGUCAACCAACACCCAACUGAAAUAGUGGAAUGUUAUGAUAUUGUGAAAAAUAGAUGGAACUAUGUUGGAAUGAUGCCAACAACUCUAGUAGAUUUGUGUGCUGUUGCAUACAGAGGUGAAAUCUUCUUGUUGGGCGGAAGAACUGGUGUAGGAGCUCACAAUGUGGUAAUGAAAUUUGACCCAAGACGCUUUGACUGGACUUCACUUGCAGGCAUGCCAACUCCAAGGUUUAACUUUGGAGCACAUGUAGUCGAUGAUGACAUUUUUGUAGCAGGAGGUCAAAUAUACUCCCAUCUGACUCUUACAAUAAACAGAGAAGCAUUGAAGUCAGUAGAAAUAUACAACAUUCCAGAAAAUAAAUGGAGACAAGGACCAGAUCUGCCAGAGGAAAUGUACAAUGUGUCCUUAAUGCAGGUAAAUGGAGCUCUCUAUGCUUGUGGUACAACGGAAUACCAAAGAUCUCCUUUUCGCAUAUAUCGUUACAAUGUUGUGUGUAAACUGGACAUGUGUAGAAAUGAGUGGCAACAAAUUGAAUCCGACUUGUGUGACAUCCGCAGCUAUGCAUGUGUUUCAGCCAAACUCCACACAAGAAAAUUAUCACAAGUCUUCCGACCUGAAGUGGAUACAUAAAUGAAAGAAAUGGAAGUCUGGUUCCAUGGUUCCAUGCGUUAUUAUUUUGUAUUUCUGCAUUAUUUAUUGGCUGUCUUGCCAUCAAGCUAUAUUUGCUUGAAAAACUUUUUAUACCCUAUGAUUCCUUUUAUAUUAAAUUUGUUCUGAAUGAGACUGCAGAAGCACCUAUGAAUGACUUAAGUAUUAAAUAUUUUAAGCCACUUGAAAUAUUUGGGUUGACAAUUUUGUAACACUCCCUAUUAUUUGAAACUUGGAUAUUUGUACUUCCUGUUUCAGCUGCAAAACAAUAAAAUUGUGUUCACCAUA